AACGUCUUUGUUGGAUAUAAACAGGAAGUGUGUAAGGUUUUUAAGAAUGUUAAGAAAUUCUUGUCGCUGGCCUAUCCGAAAGAUUACAUUUACGUUGUCUCGCAAACCGGCCGGGUAAAUUGCAUUUGUCUACCUAGAUGGGCGAUAGAAAUCUAUAGAAAUCCAGCUCAUCCAUUGCGUUGCUAUAAUUAUAAUCGAAUACGUGUAACUAGCCAGUCAGUUAUUCACGUAACAGAGACAGCUAGAUAUUUAUUAUAUAUCCGAUUAUAUCUGCGUGAUGUGUGCAACGGCCUUAUUUUUUUAUUAUCUCAUUAUCUAAGGAGUGGUCAGGGGUUAUCAAAAACCUUGGUUGUAACAUUCGCAUUUAGUAAAAAUGACCCUCCAGGUGGGCUGCUUAUCGUUCAGGCAGCCGUACGCAGGGUUAGUAUUGGAUGGUGUAAAAAGUAUUGAGACUCGUUGGCGCCCUCUGUUGUCCUCAAUGGAGAACUGCACUCUAGCUAUUCAUAUUGCACAGAAGGACUGGGAGGGAGACCAGUGGAGAGAGAUCCUGUCCCAUACUCUGGGACUUAGUGACGUGCAAAUAGAGGAGCUUUUGUCAUCAGGGGACAGAUUUGGCCGAGGAGUCGUGGCAGGUUUGGUGGAGGUGGGCGAGACCUGGUGCUGCUCUGACAGUGUGCCAGAGGAGGAUCUGAGGGAGCUGGAGAAAGCAGCCGUGCUCACUGGGCUCACAGAGAAAUACCUCACACAGCUGUCAAACCCACGCUGGCUCAAAGAACCCCUCUAUGCAAGAGGUCACAAAGACAUAUGGACAGUAGAUAUCCCAGUACAAUUACUGCCAUCUGUGUAGAGUUGUCAUAUUCAAAUUAUUUCCACUAAUUUUGUACUGACAUCCAUCGUAUUAGGAGGACAACAUGUUUAUAUGACACACGCUUUAAGAUGCAAUAAAUGACCAAUAUACUAAAGUACUGA